UCGAAUCCCGCGCCCCGAAGCAGCCCCUCUCUGCUUCUUCUUCUUCAUCAACAAGGACAACUACAACGAAAGGAACGAAAAUAGUAAAACAACCAACAACAAAUUACCACUUCUUUUGAAGGAUACGAAGUUAAAAAAAAAGGCCAGCAACGAUAACAAUAGCAGCAGCAACAACAAAGGCAACAACUGCUAAUCACUCACACCAAAAUGCCCCCUCAACCUCAUUCCCCCGCCAAAUUCCACUUCUUUUACGGCCACCGCAAACCCUCCCAAAACCGCCCCAUCGUCCGCGGCGGCCUCUUCUCCAAUCGCCUGACCCAAACCCCAAAACCCAUCUCCCCCGUCCCCUUCCCUGCCCCUUUCGAUCUCCAGAAAUGGGACCCACACUCCGCCUCCCCACCAUCCACCACCCAAUUCCCCUCCCAAGCCUUCCUCUCCGUCACCCGCCACCUCUCUCCUAUCGCUCGCUACAUCUGCAACUCCUUUCGCAAGCACCGCCACUGGGGCCCACCCAUCAUUGCCGACCUCCACAAGCUACGUCGCGUCACCCCCGACCUCGUCGCUGAAAUCCUCAAAGUCCAGACAGACCCCAACAUCUCUUCCAAAUUCUUCUUCUGGGCCGGCAAGCAAAAGGGGUACAAACACAAUUUCUCUUCUUAUAAUGCAUUUGCUUAUUGCUUGAAUCGGGCGGGCCGCUUCCGGUCCGCUGAUCAGGUCCUCGAGCUCAUGGGCUUGCAGGGCAAGCAGCCCAGUGAAAAACAAUUCGAAAUUCUUAUCAGAAUCCACUCCGAUGCAUGCCGUGGCCUACGUGUUUAUUAUGUGUAUGAAAAGAUGAAAAAGUUUGGGAUUCGUCCGCGGGUGUUUCUGUAUAAUCGAGUCUUGGACGCCCUCAUAAAGACCAACCAUUUGGAUUUGGCAUUAUCAGUCUACGACGAUUUUAAAGAGGACGGUUUGAAGGAAGAGGGUGUCACAUUCAUGAUUCUUGUUAAAGGGUUGUGUAAGGCUGGCUGCAUUGAUGAGGUUUUUGAGCUUUUGGAGAAAAUGAGACGGGAAUUGUGUAAGCCGGAUGUUUUCGCUUACACGGCAAUGGUUCGGGCAUUUAUAGGUGAAAGGAACUUAGAUGGGUGUUUGCGGGUUUGGGAGGAAAUGGGCCGUGACGGAGUCGAGCCAGAUGCCGUGGCUUAUACGACUCUGAUUACUGGGUUAUGUAAGGGGGGCAAGGUCGAGAAGGGUUAUGAGGUUUUUAAGGAGAUGAGGGGGAAGGGGUGUUUGAUUGACAGGGCUGUGUAUGGUUCAUUGAUAGAGGCAUUUGUGGCAAAUCGGAAGGUUGGUUCAGCUUGUGAUCUUUUGAAGGAGAUGACGGGGUUGGGUUAUAGGGCAGAUUUAUCGAUUUAUAACUCUUUGAUUGAAGGUUUGUGUAAUGCGGAUCGGGCCGAUAAGGGUUAUAAGCUUUUCCAAAUCACGGUCCGUGAGGGUCUUGUUCCGAGCUUUGAAACAAUAAAUCCGUUGUUGGUAGUGUAUGCAGAGCAUGGUAGAAUUGAUGACUUUUGUAAGUUGCUUGAGCAAAUGGGCAAAUUGGGUAUCUCAGUAAUGGAUGGUCUGUCGAAGUUCUUCUCAUUCAUGGUUGGGAAGGAAGAGAGAGUGCUGAAGGCCUUGGAGGUUUUUGAAGCAUUGAAGGUAGAAGGGUAUUGUAGCAUUUCAAAUUUCAAUAUCCUUAUUGAGAACCUUCAUAAGAUUGGGGAAACAAAAAGGGCAUUAUCCCUCUUUGAGGAAAUGAAGGGUUCAGAUUUUAAACCAGAUUUUUCCACAUAUAGUAAUGUAAUUCCUUGUUUGGUUGAUGUUGGGGAUCUCAAAGAGGCGUGUUCUUGUUAUAACAAGAUGAAGGAGAUGUCUUGGACACCGAGCAUUGCUGCGUACUGUUCUCUUGUCAAAGGUCUUUGCAAGAUCGGAGAGAUCAAUGCAGCUCUUAUGUUAGUUCGGGAUUGCUUGGGCAAUGUAACCAAUGGACCUGUUGAGUUCAAGUACACUCUUACUGUUCUGCAUGCUUGCAGAUCGGGAACCGCCGAGAAGGUGGUUGAGGUAUUAAAUGAGAUGAUGCAACAAGGAUGCCCACCGGAUGAUCUCAUAUAUUGUGCCAUUAUCUAUGGCCUAUGUAAGCAUGGGAGUUCGGAUGAAGCUAGGAAGGUGUUUGCAAUCAUGGGGAAGCGCAAUCUUCUCACGGAAGCUAAAUCGAUUAUAUAUGAUGAAUUACUUGUUGACCAUUUGAAGACGGCAACGGCAGGAUUGGUGCUUUCUGGGUUGAAGUUUUUCGGCCUUGAAUCCAAGUUGAAGCUACUAGUAACUUAAUUUCACCGCCUUGUUGAAUGGAAAUUUCAGGGUACUGGAUUCGUUCUUUCCCAUGUGUAAGUUUCAAAAGGAAGGUUUCUGAUGGAACUAUGGAAAUAUGAGCAUUAGGAUUUUUGAGGCAAUGGAAAAUCCUCCUGUUUUGGGAACCACUAAGAUUUUGGUCUUAUGGAAAGAUGGUGACACAUACAGCAUGUUUCAUUUCUCCCUCCGACAGUUGGAAUUCAGUCAGGGUCUUCGCUAUUCUCAGAGGGCCGGUCUUAGAGGAGAAUCGAGCUGGUAAGAUAGCUCACUGAAAAUGGUCGAUGGUGUCAGGGAUAAAAUUACUUCAAGUUCUCAAUAUUUGAGAUGUUGUGCAAGUUCUCAUGGUGUCAGCACCCAUCAUCGUAAAGACCCUUUCCUGAAUUUGCACCUAGAAGUUUCAAUGCUUUGGGAAGAGAGGAAUGUCAUGAUUAUUAGUACUAGAAAUGAGAGCUCAUAUGGCAGUGUUGCCGAGAACUUGAGUGAAUCGUCCAUUCCCAAAAUUGCAAUGAGGCCAAGAUCAAAGUUAUUGGUGUUGGAGGUUCUGGUUCCAAUGCUGUCAAUUGAAUUAUAGGGAGUUCCAUGAAGAGUAUCAAAAAGAGCAAAAAGAGCUAUUAGUAGAGGAGGCUGUUUAUGAUGCCAAUAUAAUUUUUGUGACGGAUGUAAUGUAUCACCACUGAUACUACAUGUCACCCCAUAUUGGGCUUUUCGAGCCGAUACACCUGUAUUGUUCAUGGGAUAUGCAGGUGGCACUCCAGUGAUUGCAUGAGUUGCAAAAUUGAUGGGCAUCCUGAAUGUUGGAAUUGUUACAAUCCCCUUUUCUUUUGAGGGAUGAAGGCAGGCUGUUCAAGCACAGGAAGGAAUUGCAGCUUUGAGCGACAAUGGCCCACUGAUUGUCAUCCCAAAUGACGAGUUGCUCACUGCUGUUUCCCAGUCUACUCCCGUGACAGAAGCAUUCAAUUUGGCUGAUGAUAUACUUUGACAAGGGUAGAAACCAUUCACUGUGAAUCCUCCAUCAAUAGCAAUGACUUGGCCGGUGAUAUAUGAAGCAACAGGCAGGCAAAGGAACGCCAAUAAAGAUGAAACCACCUUUGGAUUGCCAAAGUGUUGAAGGGGAGUUUGAGCCAUCAUUCCUUCCACCAAUUCCUCGUUUCCAAGAACCUUUAAAAGGAGGAGAAAAGAAAAAAAAAGAAAAAGAACAAGAAAAAAAAGAAAAGACGAAGAUAAAACAUGAAUUACAUUAUUGUUGUGAGGGGAAAUAAUAUAGUAGACUACAAACUGCUGUAAUAGGGUACUAGACCAAUCUGAGAGGAACAAGUGGAAUCCAGAACUAAUUUUCCAAAAUUUUCUUUGAUUUUAUUUAUUUAUUUUGCUUAAAAUUGCUUUCAGGAUUCCACUUGUCCCUCUCUUGUUGGUCUAAAUACCAUAUGUUAGUUCAUAUUCUAUUGUUUCAUUCCCGUAUGAGAGAUGUACCUUUCAAUAAGUUUGUGAAUUAUCAAAUUCUCAUUGGGGUGGAGUAGCCAGUUGUCCAGAA